UAUGAAUUGUGAUUUCUCAGAUUAAAUAUUGUAAGUCUUAAAUUUCUAUUUAGUAAAAGUCUUUAUUUUAGGUUAAAAUCAAUAUUAUUUAAUUUAUCGAAAUAAGACUCCUACAAUACCUGCAGCAAUGAAAAGAAGUUAUGACUCUAUGAGCUCUUCUAUUGAAAUUAGUUCAUAUCGUGAUCAACAUUUUAAGGGUUCAAGAACUGAACAAGAAAAGUUGCUUCGUGUAUCGUCCACACUUUAUAUCGGAAAUCUUUCCUUUUACACUACAGAGGAACAAAUUUACGAUUUAUUUUCAAGAUGUGGAGAUAUACGCCGAGUUAUAAUGGGUCUAGAUAAGUAUAAGAAAACCCCUUGUGGUUUUUGCUUUGUUGAGUAUUACUCCAGGCCAGAUGCAGAAGAUUGUAUGAGGUACAUAAAUGGAACUCGAUUGGAUGACAGAAUAAUAAGAUGUGAUUGGGAUGCUGGGUUCAUAGAAGGUAGACAAUAUGGCCGUGGUAAAACUGGUGGACAGGUUCGUGAUGAAUACCGUACCGACUACGACGGAGGCCGAGGAGGAUACGGAAAAAUAAUAGCCCAAAAAAUUGCCCCCAAUACAUUAGAACGCUGAAAAUAAUAGUGUAUUAAGUGUGAGUUAAUUCUACAAGACUGUUACAAAUGUAAUAUUCGGGUUUGCAUUCUACCGAUCUGAAUGUGAUUUAUAAUAAUAAAUUAAGUAUUUUGUAA